AUUGAAACGCACCUAAGUCAUGCUCGAUCAUCCUACUCCAAAAUCGGAAUUUCAACAUCGCAUGCAUAAAAUAUUUGUCGGGAGAUCCAAAGAGAUUCCCGAUUCAAUUCUUAAGAAGGACGCAUCGUGCCUUCAUAUUUUCCCGAUCAUAUUUAUCCUCUUCUAGAACCAUUGAUUUCGUUUGUAACAAAAAAAAAAAAAAAAAGAAGGAAAAUCUCCCCACAAAUGAAAAGGGAGAUAGACACGAAGGCCGUACCAUUGCAGGACAUUGAUAUGCAGUAGCAUCAUUGCAGGAAAUUGCAGCCCUGUCGUUCCAUUCAACCCCCCAACCCCGAUCAUAUAUAUUUCUGCCGUGCAGCUGCCUCUCUUCUCUGUGAUCGCCCACGUCCUUCCUCUUCCUCCUCCGGUUUAGAGGGGCCUCUGAUUGCACAAGGGAGUUGUCGUUUCAUCAAAUGAAUACUAAUGAAAUACCUCCUAAAAAUGCGGUUAACAUGGAAAGCGAGUCUAAUCUAAGUGCCCAUGAGCCCAUCUCGAGCCAUGCCCUAUUAUUAUGGCAAUAUGAGUUUGAACAGUCAUUAAUAGACGAGCAGCUCCAAUACCAGCAACAAGCUGUUGCAAUGGAGGCCAGCAUAAAGGAAGCAGCUUUGCAAGCUGCAGCAGGGGCUAACGAAGCUGCGAAACUGUUAAAAGAAGAAACUGAUACUUCCAUGGUAGAUCUUGUGAAGGAAUUGAGCUCCAGGAGGCUCAUUGAGGGAGUGGAGCUGCAGUCACUGGAUUUAACUUCAAAGUUAUUGAGAUCCAAAUCGAUACCUAUCUCUCCUAUAAGGCUUGAGAAAGAAGGCAAUGAUGAGGAGAAUGGUCAAUCAAGAAGCCGAGAGACCAAGGAGAUGAGAAGUAGGAAAGGUAAUGAAAGUGGAAGCAAACAUAGGAGCAGGAGCAGGGAAAGAAGUCCCAGGAGCAGGAGCAGGAGCAGGGAAAGACGAAGACACAGGAGUGGAAAAAGACAGAGACACAGGAGCAGAAGCAGGAGUAAGGAAAGACAGAGAAGCCACAGGAGCAGGAGCAAGAGCAGGAGCAGGGAAAGGAGAAGCCACAGGAGUAGGAGCAUGGAAAGACGAAUGCACAGGAGCAGAAGCAGCAGGGACAGAAGGAGAUGCAGGAGCAGGGAACGAAGAAGACACGGGAGCAAGAGCAAGAGCAGGGAAAGACAUAGGCACCAAAGCAGAAGCAGGGAAAGGAGAAGCCACAGGAGAAGGAGCCAGAGCAUGAGCAUGGAAAGACAAAUACACCGGAGCAGAAGCGGAAGCAGGAAAAGGAGAAGCCAAAGGAGCAGGAGCGGGAAGAACUGGAGAAGGAUAAGCUGCGUGUCUAGAUCACCACCUAAGGGGUCUAGUCGAGUUGACUCUAGUUUCAGUGGGGGUCGGGAUUCCAGGUCCCCCUCAUCUCCUUGUAGAAGCAAACAGGAUUUGAGGAUGGAGAGCAAGCAAAAGAACAGCAAAUCACUAUCUCAUACACAAAUCUUUAGUCCCAGGAAUACAAAACCUUUUUCGACAGGAAAAAUUGUUGAGAAAACUAAGGUCACAGAGGGAACGGAGAAAACAUCUCAGAGGUCGAUUUGCAGUGAUGAUUUUGGUGAGCGAGAAUCUAAAGGCAAAGAAGAAGCGUAGCAGGAGAUCAUUGCUCAUGCUCAGGGACUGGGAGUGGUGGUUGGACUUGAAAGGCCGUGAGGAAGCUGUGAGCCGAGGAGAAAUUCUUUGGUCCACUGGAUGUGUAUUGGAAUAUGGAAUGGGUUUCUUAUAUCGGAAUCAUACAAUUUAGGAUCAUCUUACAAGUCUCUGCCUGAAGAAAAUAGGAGCAGCACCAGUCACGUUUUGUAAGCCGAUAUGGCUAUUCUGGCACUAUUCUGAAUAUGUUAGGAAACUGAUAUCUGUAGCAAAUACUAUCUGUUCACUUAACCGUCGCUCUUUGCUUUACUUGAGUUUCUGGAUUGAUCUGUCGUGGAGAUGGGAGUAAAUUGAAUUCGGAGAUGAACUGCC